UGGUAGCUUCCUGUUUAGAAGGAAAACGUCAGACGUGACCGAGCUCUGUGGAUCAGAUAAGGUUCAGAGAGGUUCUACCUCUGUCCCUGAACCGUAACCCAACGCACGUGCUCCUCUGUGGCUCAGCAGCUGAUUCCCUGACGGACUGACGGUGUUGUGAGGAGCGGAGGAGCCAUGCCUUUCCUGCACGGCUUCAGAAGGAUCAUCUACGAGUACCAGCCGCUGGUAGAUGCUGUGAUGCGUGUUGUUGGACUGGAGGAAGGAGGUGAUGGAGACGGAGGUGGAGGUGAUGGGGAGGAGGACAGAGUCAGAAGUCCUGAGGACGAGUCCGGUCGGCGUAGUUCUCUGGUGGAGCUUCUGGAGAGAGAGUCCCAGUCAGAAGUGUUUAUGGAAGGCAUCAGCUACGCUCUGUAUAGAGUGGCAGAGCGGGGACUGGGUUAUGCAGCUGAAAUCCUGCUGCGCUACGGAGCUUAUCUAAACUUUGAAGACCCGGUGUCGUACUACAAUCCUCUACAUGUAGCAGUUUUACGGAACAGGCCAAAUAUGGUGAAGCUGCUGGUCGGGCAUGGAGCAGACAUUGAGAAGAGGGACAGGAUCCAUGAGAGCAGUCCAUUGGAUCUGGCCAGUGAGGAGUCGGAGAGACUACCAUGUCUGCUCGCUCUGCUCGACUUGGGUGCCGAUGUGAAUGCAAGCGAUAAAAAUGGAAAAACCCCUCUGCUCCAUGCCAUGGCGAGCAGCGAUGGACUCACAGUGAACAACACAGAGAGUAUCCAGCUUCUUCUUGAGAGAGGUGCUGACGCGAAGGCUGUCACUGCACACGGGGAAGCAGUCGAAUCCUUGUUGGUGUUUCUGAUUAAAGAGGCUUUGGACGCCAGCGCGGAGGACGCUGCAGAGAUCGGUAAAUUCUGCCUGAAAACCACACAGCUUUUGCUGACUCAUGGUGUGGACCCCAGCUGCUGCAUGAAUGAGGAUGGUGAUCCCUCCCUGACACAGACAAGCCUGGAGCACUUUGACCAUUUCUUCCCCCUGGCUGUGCUCUUGAUGCAGAGAGGAGCUGCUUUGAAGUGCACCUAUCAUGGCGAUUCCUGUUGGUCAGGCGAGAGCCUCCUUUUCGGGCGGCUCCAGGAAGCCCUGCAGCAAUGCUCUGAUCAAAGUCACGCGUCCGAGCUCGUGGAGCAGGCCGAGGUGUUGCUCGACUUAGCGAGGGUAAAUGUCCCAAUGCUGCCUUUCAGCUCGGAGCUUCCUGCACCUGGUCAGGACCCUCACCCUUAUGCUCCGGCUCUGGUGGACCUGCAGAGGAGGGUGGCAGAGCAUGACACCAGCCCCCCUGCUUUGCGCUGCCUCUGCAGGGCAUUCAUACGGACCCACCUGCAGCCCUGGCCACUGGAAGACAGAGUCAAUGCCUUGCCAUUACCGGACAGAAUGAAAGACUUUAUUUUGCCUGAGCGCACAUAUAAACCAAAACCUGGCUGGGACUGCUUCAAACCCCAGUCUUCGUAGCCAACACUGAUGGUACAUGCUACAGGCUGGUUUCUGUUCUACCCAAAAUCUGAAAAUAUAUUAAUAAAAGAACAGCCCUAAAGGAAUUUAACCAGAAUGACACUCAGUAGAGUGCAUACCUCCACCAGGGCCCAACAGUCUCUUAAUGAAACCACAUUUAGAUGAACUAGAUCCAGAUUUUUAUUCACAAACUCAUACAAAUCAGUUCCCGAAACAUGCUUAAAUUAUCUAUCAUCAAUAUCUAUGAACUAUUUAAUGAGAAAUCAAUCUCCGAGCCCGUCAGCUAUCAUCUGAUGAUAAAUUAGCCUCUGAAAGCAACAGCCAAUUAUUUGGGGCUUCCAGUGUAAAUUUUAAAUGGCCUUUAUUUAUAUAGAGCUUGUCUAGUCUUGAUGACCACUCAAAGCGCUUUUACACUUUUGCCCUCCAUCCAUUACUUUUCAUAGAAGGCGAAUAUCCGAGCUGAGACUGCAUCUUUUAUUCGCUGUACACUAUUUACUGAGUAAUCAAGUGAAAAAAUUGGAAAAUCCUCCUAUCCGCCGAUUUUAAAGAAAGUGAAAUCAUAUUCCUGGAUCCGCCCCCAGAUCAGCAUCAAAAUUCAAUGAGUCAUAGAUUAUGCCGUGCCGCUCCAGAAAGUGGUUGAGUAGUUUUUACCUUAUCCUGCUAACACACAAACAAACAGAUGAAAACAUAAUAAUACCUGGGCUCAGGUCCAAAAAAAUGUAAGCUAAUCCUCAGAAACCAUUGAGGCCUUUGUUGAAUUCUCAUUAUGUGUUGUCUUUGCCAAAUUUACAGGCAAAACAUUUGUAUGUUUCCUUAAUUUACAAAGCUAUGUAUGUUCAAGCUGGCUUUUGAGUUGUUGCUAAGUUGUUUACGUUGAACUGGUGAACAAACUGAAAGUUGCAGAGGAAGUUGCAGUUCAGAAUAAAUGCCACAGGAUGGCACUGUUGCUCCUGCAGAUGGGAAGUAGCCCAGCUAGCAGGGUCAGAGAUUUAGUUAUUCUCAGUGCAGCCCAUUAAAGUUGUUCUAGCGCAGUAGAGUCCAUCUAUAUUUUAUCUCCUCAACGGGAUGGUGAUGUGUUGUGGAAUUUGUGUGUCAUCUCACUCCUUCUGAAGACGGACCAAUAAAACAGCAGCGUGCUUCAA